AUGGGGUAUGAAAAUAUUGGCUACGACCCGCAAUUCAAGUCGGUUCAGAGCAUUUACGAGAACAGGUUGAGACAGUUUACCGAUAAUGGCGACUACCGCGAUUUGAAUUUGCCCAAGUUCUAUGACAAGGCACGAAUUUCACUGGAUGACAAGCACGUGAAGGUGUGGUGGUAUCAGGUGGCCUUCGAAAAGGGUUCUUCGCCUGUUUCACCGGACAAGAGGCCCUCUUGGAAGAGUAUCAUCGAUCAGGAUAAAGCUGGCAAGCUUGAGUUUCGUAAAGCGUCCAUGGGACAGCCAUUUGGACCGAGUUGGUCGACUACCUGGUUCAAAGUAGAGUUAUCUUUGCCGAGUGAAUGGAGAGACUCGUCCGAAAGGUUGGUUUUUGAAUGGAAUUGUGAGAAUGAGGGUGUUGUCAUCGAUGCAAAGAGGCUAAUUCCGGCCACAGCAUUCUCUGGCGGCGACAGAAAAGAGUAUAUUUUGCCCAAAAACGAGGAUGGUAAAUACUUCUUUUAUAUCGAAGCUGGAAACAAUGGGAUGUUCGGUUGUGGUUCUGGUGGCACAAUCAAUCCGCCUGAUGAUAAUAGGUUUUUUCACCUUAGAAAUGCAGAUAUCGUGUGGCCAGACUGGGAGGCGCGUGCGUUGUAUAUUGAUUAUUGGAUGUUGACAGAUGCUGCAAGAGAGCUUCCUGGGGAUUCUUGGCAGAAACACAAGGCUAGGCAAAUUGGGAAUGAGAUUAUUGAUAUGUUUGAUCCCAAUGACAGGUCUUCAGUAAGCAAAUGUCGAGAUUUCGUGAAGAAAGAAUUUUUUGAUAAAUUCAUUGAAUCUGACAAAGUUUAUUCUGAAGGGGAUUCACAGAUUGUGAAUAACGUCUUUGCAAUGGGUAAUUGUCAUAUUGAUACCGCUUGGUUAUGGCCGUUUGCCGAAACGAAGCGGAAAGUUGUUCGGUCGUGGUCUUCUCAAUGCACAAUUAUGGAUGAAUAUCCUGAAUAUCAAUUUGUCGCAUCGCAAGGGCAGCAGUUCAAAUGGUUACUAGAAGAACAUUCCGAAUUUUUCAAUAAAGUACUUAUACCAAAGAUUCAGCAGUCCCAGUUCUUCCCAAUCGGUGGUUCUUGGGUCGAAAAUGAUACUAAUAUACCUGGUGGUGAGUCUCUCGCAAGGCAAUUCUUCUUCGGUCAAAGAUUUUUCUUAAAAUAUUUUGGUCUAAAAUCGACAGUUUUUUGGCUACCUGAUACUUUUGGUUAUUCAUCUCAAAUUCCACAAAUUUGUCAAUUAUCAGGCAUUGAUAAGUUUCUAACUCAAAAAUUAUCCUGGAAUAAUAUCAACAGUUUCCCACAUUCGACUUUUAAUUGGGCUGGUAUUGAUGGUUCUCAAUUAUUAACACAUAUGCCCCCAGGUAAUACUUACACCGCAAGCUCUCAUUUUGGCGAUGUAUUACGUAGUGCAAAACAGAACAAAACUGCCGAAACUUAUCCUUCGGGGUUGAUGCUUUACGGUAUAGGUGACGGUGGAGGUGGGCCUACAAGAGAAAUGCUGGAAAAAAUGAGGCGUAUCAGAUCCAUGAGUAAUCGCAAUGGCAACAUUGUUCCUAAGUUGCAUGUGGGUAAAACGAUUGAUGAUUUUUAUGAUGAUAUAUUAUCAAAAACUAACAAUGGUAAAAAGCUUGCUACUUGGUGUGGUGAAUUGUACUUUGAGUUUCAUAGAGGAACAUAUACAACGCAGGCGCUAACGAAAAAAUUAAUGAGACUGUCUGAGAUUAAUUUACACGAUCUUGAAUGGUUGGCAACCAAGGCUUCCAUCCUUCACCAAAAUUCAUAUGAAUAUCCUGUGAACAAAAUCAAUGAUCUUUGGGAAGAUGUUUUAUUAUGUCAAUUUCAUGAUGUUUUGCCCGGAUCUUGUAUUGAAAUGGUUUAUAAAUAUGAAGCAGUACCUAUGCUUCAAACUGUUAUUGAUAAAUGCCAAUCUUUAAUUAAAGAAGCAGUUAAAUGUUUGAAAAAACAAUCUGAAAACGGCAUCUCUGUAAAAACGAUUGUUUGGCCGGAACAAUUGGAAGUGCCAAAAAAAUCAGACUCAUUCAGUGGUGUCAAUGUGAGCAUGAAGGAUGACGCGAUUGUUUUAGGAAAUAGUGAAUUGUCAAUUGAAAUAAGUAAGAUGAGCGGAUCCAUUAUAAGCAUUAUUGAUAAAAAAAGUGGCACACAAUUUUUAGAUCUGAAAAAUGGUAGAAAUAAGUUGGGUGCCAAUCAAUUUGUCAUUUUUGAUGAUAAACCAUUAUCUUGGCAGGCAUGGGAUACCGAAUUGUAUUCAGUGAAUCAGUAUAAUUACCUAACAAAGCUGGAGAGCAUUAAUAUUUUGGAAUCCAGUAAGUAUAUAGGUACAGUGGAAGUUGUGAUUGCCAUUUCGGAAAAUUGUAAGAUCAGGUCACAAAUCUCAUUAGCUGCAGUGCAGUCUGGCACUGUCGGAGAAAGCAGAAUUGAUAUAACGACACAUGUUGAGAACUGGAAUUUGAGAAACAAGUUUUUGAAGGUAGAAUUUCCAGUCAAUGUUCGGAACGAUUUUGCCUCCUAUGAGACGCAAUUCGGUAUCACCAAAAGGCCAACACAUUACAACACCUCCUGGGAUGUUGCUAAAUUUGAAGUCUGUCACCAUAAAUUUGCUGAUUACUCUGAAUUUAAUAAAGGUGUUUCUAUUUUGAACAGUUCCAAAUACGGUUUUGCUACGCAUGGUAAUCUGAUGAGACUGUCCUUAUUGCGGUCUUCGAAGGCUCCGGAUGCACAUGCUGACAUGGGAUCACAUGAAAUCAAAUACUCCAUUUAUCCUCAUCGUGGUCCACUCUCUAGUAAAACUGUUAAACUUGCUCUUGAAUUUAACUACAACUAUGAGUACAUGAUAUCCGCUGAGAUAUAUGAGGAUUUCGAGAACAUCAUCAAAAUUAGAGGGGAUUCAAACGUUAUUCUUUCUAACAUUAAAAGAGGUGAGGAUGAUCAAGAUCUCCAUUCCAAUUAUGCUCUUUCUAAAAAGAGCGAUGAUUCAUCCAUGGUAGUCAGAGUAUAUGAAUCCUUGGGUGGUGAAUCCAAUGCAACUCUGCUCACUUCUUUACCUAUAUCACGGGUUGAAAAGAUUGAUAAUCUGGAGCUGAAAAUCUUGGGUAAGGUAGAAUUUUCAUGCUGUAAGGAGAAUAAAAAAAUAAAAGAGAUUCCAAUCACUUUGAGACCCUUUGAGAUUGCGUCCUUCAAACUUUUCUUUUAA